AUUUCCUUCUCCCCACCUCGUCCUUUUUUCCUUUUACCUUUUUCUUUUUUCCCAUCAUUUCUCGUCCUUCGCUUAAUCAAAACCCCUUCCACCCCUUUCGUUUACCCUUUCUUUGAACUUUCUUUCGUUAAGUGACUCCUAUUCGGUGUGUUGGACGAACAUCUAUGUCCUAGUCUGUCUCCUGAUCUCACAUUGCGAUAUCACCGAAUCACCGAAACAGCGACACCGUUGCCGGCCCUUUUCAACCGCUACCUGGUCUGGAUAUUUACCGGGUUUCGGAUGAUCCGUGGUGUCCACGUUAAAUCGUCUAUUAUCUUAAUACUUCCUGGUGGCUGGAUUUGAAAAAAGUCCUGCCCUACCGUCUUUCGUUUCUUACAUCUCGAUUUCCUUACCACCAAGUUUUGACUCGGCAUUCGCUGCGCGACCCACCUAGUCACAACCUGGUAUUCUAUUCUCUAUAUUGGUAACAGUGGAACAUUUUACUGCUUCUUGUUCGUCCCGAUAAAUCCAUCAACACAACUUUUCACGGUACGAUAUGACAACCAUUUGCACAACGCCCAAUUCCCCGCCCGAACUUUCCGGCUCCAAAUCUUCUAAAUCCUCCUCAUUUCGCUCCUCGUCUCAACUCGAUGGCCCCGAUGGUAUCUUUACGGAUAUAUCGAACUUUGAAGACAUUGGCCUUGAAGAUGAUGCAGACCUAGCAUAUAACAAUGCCGUCGCCUCGCCCUAUGGCCGACCCGGCCUUCCGCGGUCAUCGACCGCACGAAUGCAAUCCAAGGCCUCAAUGAUCACAACGCGCGAAUUGACCACUACCUCGCAACAAACAAAGGGUUCGCACAAGCCCCCGGCACAAGUCAACGGAAUGCUCAGUCUACAAACACGCAGCAUUGCGAGAUCAAAGUCUGGGAACAAACGUGACCCUGGUAGUACCAAGUCGCCGUUACAAACGCCCAACUCUCAGCGUGCUCGAUCCACAUCGCCCCUUCGGCCAGCAUCUCAUCUGGGCUCCUCGCCGUCUACUCAUAGCCUAUCCUUGUCACCAGCCAAUGCACGGCCUCCGUUGAACCGAAAACAGUCUUGGCAGCCAAACCGCAAGACUUUGAAGGAACUGGAGGAAGAAUAUCAUGACUCAGAUGAGGAGCUACCAGAAGACGCAAGUCUGUGGAACGUCCCAAUAUCUCCUCGACCUCUUGAAGAUCGCCCAGCCUCUCGAAGCACAAGUCCAAACGGUCGGAGUCCGGGACCUCGGCCCCUUCCCUUAUCGCACUCCGUCAAGGAUGCUUCAUUGCCGGGUGUAAGAUCACCGAGCGGAUCUCGACCUGCUCGGCCUGCCGUGCGAUCUAGCUCUGCAGGCCCUGAACGUGGCCAGAUUUCCCCGCGUAAUCCGCGUGUUUAUUCGUACAAUAGCAUGAUGUCUGAUUUGUCGGAAGAAGCAAAGAUUAUCACCGAGGCUCUGGAACAUCAUGCAGACCAGCGCGAACGGAAGCGGGGAGAAAACUUGCAAAGCGGCUUAUCAUCCCUGAGGUCAAGCGAGGAGUCUAAGCGGGGUUCUAGAGGCACCAUUGAGCUGCCCCCGUUGCAAAAGUCCAACAUUAUGAUUGAUCCAUUACCUAUCAGCAAAGAAAAGGAAAAGGUCCUCACUAGAACUCGGCCCAGUUGGCUUCCUCCUAAGGAUCAGAAGGAGGAAAAGAAGCAUCUGAAAGAGUACAAGAGAAUGAUAGCGCAAUCACGGGAAGCAGACAAGCGCCGGGCAGCGAAGGCUGCCUCAGCCAAGUGCGAGAAAGACAACACCCGAGAAACACUUCAGCGUAUCUGGGAUGAUUAUGUUUACCCCAAUUGGGAGAAGGCCAUAGGUGAGACCAGAACACGUGAACUGUGGUGGCGUGGAAUACCUGCUCGAAGCAGAGGAACAACCUGGCAGCGUGCCAUCGGCAAUGAGCUGUCUUUGUCCGAGGAAACGUACAAGAAGGCAUUGCAGCGCGCCAAAGACGUACGGUCAAGGGCCGAUGGCGAUGCAGGAGAGAGUAACAAACGAAUGCGAGAGUGGUUUGAGGCAAUUGAAGCCGACGCAUCCAAAGCAUUCCCAGAUUUGAAACUCUUCCAGGAAGGCGGCCCUUUACGGGAACCACUGAUUGAUGUAUUGGAGGCAUACUCUAUGUAUCGGAGUGACGUGGGCUAUAUCACCGGUCUCCAUACAAUUGCUGCUCUCCUCGUCCUUCAAUUCCCAUCACCUUCAUCUGCAUUCCUCGCAAUGGCCAAUGCACUCAAUCGAUCCUUGCCUGUUGCUUUCCUCACCCUGGACCGCGGGGCGAUCGGUCGUACUUACACACUAACGACUGCGACGCUUCGUUAUAAAUUCCCUCGCCUAGCCUCACACCUUACCGAGACGCUUCAGCUCUCGGACGAAGAGAUCUGGGAACCGAUGUUCCGCUCCCUCCUCACAAACGGCCUAGACCUCGAGCGUAUCAGCCGCGUCUGGGAUUGCUGGGUAUUCGAGGGAGACCGCAUCAUGCUUCGAGCUGCGGUGGCGGUUCUUGGUUGCUUGCAGGCGCAACUGUUUGGGUUUACAAAACCAGAUGACGAGAGCCGUGCCGCGGUUAGAGAGAUCCUCGGAUGGGGCCCCCGUAGUGCCGGAGCCAAGCCUAAGGAGCGCCAUAGUGCUCCGGUAACAUCUGCUGGGGGCUUCGGUGGCGGUCAAUUCUCCAAUGCCGGCAUUGGUGACUACUGGAUACUCACGACCGCGGGCGACGAAGAUGGAUUUAUGAACGAGGUUAGGGAAGCGGGCAAAGUGCGGGAUUAAAUGUUUGCCCGUUGGAGUUAAUUUUUUUUUCAAUUCAUUCAGCCACUCUUUCCCUCGCGAGGCUAUUUAUUUUACUACUUGUAUACCUACCGUUCGUUUGACUUAUGCGUUUUCCCUUAACUUCUUGCCAUUGGAUAUAUUUAUUCUAUAGCUGCUUAGGGCAUUUCAUGCCAACUAAGCUAAUUAUCACUUACACUUGAUGUCCU